CGACAGGUCCCAUCUCGUCUUUAAACCCGCCGGGCAAUCCUUGGAGCACCGCCGCGAUGCCCAGGGAAGACAGGGCUACGUGGAAGUCCAACUAUUUCAUGAAAAUAAUCCAACUGCUGGAUGAUUAUCCAAAAUGUUUCAUCGUGGGAGCAGACAACGUAGGGUCCAAGCAGAUGCAGCAAAUCCGUAUGUCCCUGCGUGGGAAAGCUGUUGUGCUGAUGGGGAAGAACACCAUGAUGCGCAAAGCGAUUCGUGGUCAUCUGGAGAAUAACCCGGCCUUAGAAAAGCUGCUGCCUCACAUCCGUGGGAAUGUGGGCUUUGUCUUCACCAAGGAGGAUCUGACUGAGAUCAGGGAUAUGCUGCUGGCCAAUAAGGUGCCGGCAGCUGCUCGUGCUGGUGCUAUUGCUCCUUGCGAUGUGACUGUGCCAGCCCAGAACACUGGUCUCGGACCUGAGAAGACCUCCUUCUUCCAGGCCUUGGGCAUCACCACGAAGAUUUCCAGGGGAAGCAUUGAAAUUCUGAGUGAUGUGCAGCUAAUCAAGACCGGAGACAAAGUGGGCGAAAUGCUGAACAUGCUGAACAUCUCCCCAUUCUCCUUUGGGUUGGUGAUCCAGCAGGUCUUCGACAACGGCAGCAUUUACAAUCCUGAGGUGCUGGACAUCACCGAGGAGACCCUGCACAAGCGUUUCCUGGAGGGUGUCCGCAACGUGGCCAGCGUGUGCCUGCAGAUUGGGUACCCCACCAUCGCUUCUGUGCCCCACUCCAUCAUCAACGGGUACAAGCGGGUCCUGGCCGUGGCUGUGGAGACCGACUACACGUUCCCGCUGGCCGAGAAGGUGAAGGCCUUCCUAGCAGACCCCUCCGCCUUCAUUGCUGCUGUCCCGGUGGCAGCUGAAACAGCUGCUCCUGCUGCUGCUGCUGCUGCUCCGGCUAAGGAAGCGGCAAAGGAGGAGUCGGAGGAGUCAGACGAGGACAUGGGAUUUGGUCUCUUUGACUAACAGCAGCCACAGUCUCUCUCUUCAUGUCAGAGUUGGUCAAAGUGGAGAAAUAAAAAAGCUAUUUUACACCUU